GGUAGCAACAGUGUGAUUUUUCCCUUUCCAUUGGGAAAGAGCAUGUUGAUCCCAUUCUAAGAGGACAAUAAUGAAACACGGGAGAGAAAGAAGAGGGUCAUACCACAGAGGUCAAGCCAGGGCUGGCCUCCUCUAACGGAGAGAUUUGAGAGGACAAGCACUAGCUAAUUGCUAAGAGAUACCCAGCACGCAAGCAGAGUCCUACCGGCUAAAGUUCCAUACUGUAAUACCCACCUGUGGAGAUAGGGGAAAGGGCUCAUGCUGGAAUACCACUUUUUUCACUUCAUGACACUUCAUUCAUUUCAUGCCUUCUUGCCUCCUCGCCUAGGUCAUGGGAUUGAGCAGAGCUGAUGGUAUCAUAGUAAGUAGUCAUGAGUUGCAGGUUGGCAAUGUCCCAAUGGGUAAUGUUUGUGUCAUAGCAAAUGAAAGCAGAUGGUAAUACAAAUGGGUGGUGGUUUGGGUGAGUUACUGCCAUAGAAGAGCACUUCAAAACCAAGAGAAAAGCACUUCAGGUAAAUGCAAGUCUUUUAAAGAGCUUGGACUUCAAUUUUCACAGAAGUUUCUUUCAACUGUCAACAUUUGAGGGGAGUUAUUUCCUUUCCAAAAGCACAAGAGGCCACAAGAGGCAGGGGUGAAAGUGAGUCCACGAGAGGCAGGGGAGAAAGUGAGGCCACGAGAGGCAGGGGUGAAAGUGAGUCUACGAGAGGCAGGGGAGGAAGUGAGUCCACGAGAGGCAGGGGAGGAAGUGAGUCCACGAGAGGCGAGGGUGAAAGUGAGGCCACGAGAGGCAGGGGAGGAAGUGAGGUCACGAGAGGCUAGGGUGAAAGUGAGUCCACGAGUGGCAGGGGUGGAAGUGAGGCCACGAGAGGCGAGGGUGAAAGUGAGGCCACGAGAGGCAGGGGAGGAAGUGAGGCCACGAGAGGCGAGGGUGAAAGUGAGGCCACGAGAGGCAGGGGAGAAAGUGAGGCCACGAGAAGUAGGUUCCACACUAGAUGUGAGAGGAUUGAGCUGUGUAGCCAUUGGGUUGUAGCACUCUCUUGACAGGCCUGAGCAGGGCCCACCACAGUAGCUUAUCUACCUCUCCCAGUCGUCUGUCACAAGCGCCUCUGACGUCACGGCCCCGGCCAGAGUUUAUGGGUAUACGGACGGUGGCAUUCUGGAGCCGUUGUAGUGCUCAUCUGAUACAUGGCUGCUUGUGUGUUACCACAGGACCACUGCUGGAUAGGAUAGGAUCCUCCAGUUCCCCCUUGAUUUUGAUGUGGAGAAUGGGCUGCCGGUGGGACGCAGCCCUCUGGACCCCCAGGCCAGCCCCAGCUCCGGCCUGGUCCUGCAGGCCAACUACCCCCACAGCCAGCGCCGCGAGUCCUUCCUCUACCGCUCCGACUCAGACUUCGACCUCUCACCAAAAGCCAUGUCCCGCAACUCCUCCAUGGCCAGUGAGCUGGAAGAGGGCUUGAAGCACUGGGAAGUCGGUUGGCUGCCGCGACAUGGAGAAGACAUGAUUGUGACACCAUUUGCACAGGUGCUCGCCAGUCUCCGAACAGUCAGAAGCAACUUUGCCGUCAUAACUCAUCUGCAGGAUCGGCCCAACAGGCGGCCGUCAGGCAGCAACCCUCCCUCAAUGCCUACUCAUACCAAGCCAAGCAUACCAGAGGAGCCCUACCAGAAGCUGGCCAUAGAGACACUGGAGGAGCUGGACUGGUGUCUGGACCAGCUGGAGACCCUGCAGACCUGUCACUCAGUCAGCGAGAUGGCUUCCAACAAGUUCAAAAGGAUGCUGAACAGAGAGCUCACCCAGUUGUCAGAAACCAGCCGGUCAGGAAACCAAGUCUCAGAGUUUAUCGCCAACACUUUCCUAGAAAAGCAGCAAGAUGUGGAGAUUAUGUCUGGGCCUCUUAAAGACAAGGACAAGAAGAAGAGGCCCAUGUCCCAGAUUGUUGCGGUGAAGAAACCUGCUCUCAGCCCCAGCCUCGCCCCUACCCAGAUCCCCCGCUUUGGGGUCACCACCCUCCAUGAGAGUCUACUGGCAACGGAAUUUGAAGACAUCAACAGAUGGGGUCUAGAUAUUUUCAAGAUAGCUGAAUACUCGGGGAAUCGGCCUUUGACGGUGGUGAUGUACUCCAUUUUCCAGGAGCGAGAGCUGCUGAAGAACUUUAAGAUCCCAGCCGACACCUUCGUCACCUUCAUGAUGACCCUGGAGGACCACUACCACACCGACGUGGCCUACCACAACAACAUUCAUGCUGCCGACGUGGUACAGUCCACUCACAUCCUCCUCUCCACCCCUGCCCUGGAGGCUGUCUUCACUGACCUGGAGAUCAUGGCUGCUCUGUUUAGCAGUGCCAUACACGACGUGGAUCAUCCCGGAGUGUCCAACCAGUUCCUCAUCAACACAAACUCUGAGCUGGCUCUGAUGUACAACGACGCCUCGGUCCUGGAGAACCACCACCUGGCCGUGGGCUUCAAGCUGCUGCAGGAGGACAACUGUGACAUCUUCCAGAGCCUCAGCAAGAAACAGGGACAGUCCCUCAGGAAGAUGGUCAUCGACAUGGUGUUGGCCACUGACAUGUCCAAGCACAUGAACUUCCUGGCUGACCUGAAGACCAUGGUGGAGACCAAGAAGGUGACCAGUCUGGGAGUGCUGCUGCUGGACAACUACUCAGACCGCAUCCAGGUCCUGCAGAACAUGGUUCACUGUGCUGACCUGAGUAACCCCACCAAGCCACUGGACGUUUACCGCCAGUGGACGGACCGCAUCAUGAUGGAGUUCUUCACCCAGGGGGACAGGGAGAGGGACAAGGGCAUGGAGAUCAGCCCUAUGUGUGACAAACACAAUGCCUCUGUCGAGAAGACCCAGGUGGGAUUCAUAGACUACAUUGUCCACCCUCUGUGGGAGACGUGGGCUGACCUGGUCCACCCUGACGCACAGGACAUUCUGGACACGCUGGAGGACAACCGGGAGUGGUACCAGAGUAUGAUCCAGCGCAGCCCCUCACCCACCCUCGAGGACAUGGACCUUGACGGGGGGCCAGGGGCCCUGGAGGCCAUGGCGGGGGGUUGCUGCACCUCCACAGGGGACAAGUUCCAGUUUGAACUCACCCUGGAGGAGGAGGAGGACGAGGGCGACGUCGAGUCAGACCUGGAGAGCCCACCUGAGGAGGAGAUGUCACAGGGGGGAGAGACCUCUAGGAAGACCCCGGCCCUGUCUCAAUCCCCAGAGCCCAGCAGCAGCACCAGACACCGGCCCCCRUCCCCUCACCCUGGCCGGGCCUUCAGUCUGACCACCAUGUCAGUUAGGAGCCCCGGCCAUCUCAGGACGUUGAGCCCCGGGCUGGACGGGGACGACAGAGACGAUAUGGACAGAGAACUGGGUCAGGAAGGCAAUAGUGUAGCGUACCUACGGCUUGGCACGUAACACCAACCCUAGCCCACCCAGCACCUCAUUCAGUCCCUGCCUUGGUCCGUGGGUCCCAGCAGCAAUUGGACGUGCAAGGUGGGCUUUUUAACAACAGUAUGUAAUGACAACAGUCCCUUUACACUGAAGACACCUUUACACUGACCACUUUCCCUCCGUUUAAUCUUGUAGAACAAGAAGCAUCGUUAUAUCCUCUUUUUUUCUCCUUUGUGCCAGAUGGGACUUUUUAGUCCUGCUUUCUGUAGUUGAUUCUAGGGGUAAAGUGUCAGAAACAGACUGCUGUAUAUGUCUAGCUGAUCAAAGGUAGAACUAAUUACAUGGCUAACCAGUCUCACCAACGUCUCCUGAUGGAGCAAGGAAUUCUACUGAGAAAAUGUCUUCCUCAAAAUGAUGGAAUAUAGAUCUAUUCAAUAGAAUAUUGUAAGGAUUGUGAUCAAUUUACAGGGUCUUAGAACUGUUGCACCAUACAAUUAGGGGGAUUAUAUUUGUUUGAAUUCAGUAAGCAUAAACUAGUAUAUUUUAUUUAGUUACUGAGAGUUCUGUGAAUGAUAAGUUUAACCAAAUCCAGUAUGUACCUGAAUAGUGAGAUAAUUGUGACUUAAACCUCAGGGUAUGGAGAGAGAAAUGAUUUUAAUGUAGCACAGACUUCUUGGUUACCCCUUAACCUAGACUGCCUGUUUCGAGUUGUCGCUGACGACAAACGUUUCUUAGAACUUCAAGAGGUUCAAGUUAUGCAAAAAGACAUAACUGAUUGACAUGUGUCUGGCGCCCUCUAUUGAUCUAAAUUAAAAGUUUGAGUUUGAGAACUAAAGCAAGUUAAGUAUGGCGGAUGAAACAAACAGUACCAGUAUAAUUAUAUACAGUGGGGAUCUGAAGUUAUUGACACCCUUGAUACAGACUAAUUUAUAAGAAUCUUUAGGGGUGUCAAUAAUUCUGACCCCUACCUGUUAGGUGAAAAAAAAUGUCAUGUUUUUUAGCACACAAUAUAGCUCAGUAUUUUUAUUAUUUAUUUUAUACAGUCAGUAUUGCUAUUCUUUAUCAAGGGUGUCAAUCAUUUCAGACCCCAAUGUAUACAAGUCAAGCAUUUAAAAAUGUCCUGAAGUACUGUGGUUGAUUGGGUUGUUUUAAAUCUAGACAAACACCACUUACACUCAUAUUUGUAAAAUUGUAUUUGUUUUUAUGGGAUCAUGUUUUACGUUUGUGUCACAUUUUUAAAUAUGAUAUGAAAUGGUUCUGUUUUCUUUUAUAUAUUUGGGAUGUCCUCACUAUGUCUGAUUGUCUCUGUGCUUUGUAAGCAUAGUUAUCAGGGUGCCUCCACCAUCCAGUAGCACUUUACAAUCUCUGUUGUAAAUUAAUUCAGUUCUGAAGCGCUUGAGCCAAACCAUGAUUCGACUGGACAGCUUACUGAAGGUUGUGUAGAUCUGAGAGGAAUGGAUAGGUGUAAUAAAUGUGGUAAAAAUUCCACCUAACCUAUCAGKGUGGUUAAAUUGUGGUUAAAAUAUCAGGUGGUUAAAUUCUCAUAUACUGUAGCUUAAACCUAUGAAAUCCUGUCAGAUCUCCACAAGUGUCUAGGGGUUAGGGGCUAUGGGUUGUUUCUGGACAGGGCCGUAGAGUAGACUAAUAAGGGUUUUUGUCCAGUAGGGUGCGAUGCUUUGAAAGUUGCAGAUAGAAAUGUAGUGAACAGAGUUGAUAUGAUUCCCUGUAAUACACAACAGAAAAUCAUGUCUGUAUUGACAUUUGAUAACUUCCCAUUUGCCUGAAUAAGCCCCUAAUGUCUUGUUUAAUUUGUUCUUGAGGGAAACAAGUUUAUAGGGAAAAUUGUGCCACAAGUGUUUGGAAUUUGAACCAACACAUCUGCCAGCCUAAGUCGUUAUGAAAUGUUUAACACAAUGUUCUCUCUGAACUGUUGAUUGUAUUCAUGUUAUUUUAUUAAUUGUUAGACUUAUGCUAAUUUUUUUUAUGGGAAAUGUUGCACCUUAAUACGUUGGAUGUAAUGCUUCGACUUAAAUGCUACAUUCAAUUUUG